GACUGGUUACCAAGCUGGCACACACGACUGAAAAUGGCCAUAAAUGAGCCAAAACCAACAAACUUUGUACACCAGAUGGAAAUUAUGACGGAGACUGUGCGGAAGGAACUCCAACAUCAGAAGCUGUAUACCAAGUAUGGAAUCAAUCCGUUCAAAAGAGUGUGCCCGCUAGCCGAUAAGCCUAACAGGGAACAACGAGACGAAGAAGAAGAUAAACAUUUCCUGGAAGUGCUCAGGAGAGCUGCUUUAGAGCCGACGAAAAAGUACCUUGAACCCCAGACAGAAAAUCAAGAGUAUGGAUGGGUCAGUCAUCCAUUGAUGGACAUGGACCGAUCGGACAUCAGAUUUUAUCAUCCGAAAUCAUCUUGUGAGAUGACGAAAUUCGCCGGUCAGCUGUGGAAGCAAUUGGAACAGAAAAAGUUAAAUUCCUAAAACAUAGAUGCAGCAGGUUCGGGUGAAGUAGAAUAGAAAGUAUGCAGAAGCAUAGCGGCCACUUCUGUAAGAUGAAGGCGAUCAUAUCAUUUAUUCUCGGCGAUUUUGUCUCGUUGAACGGCAGAAUAAAAGUCGUCUAACUC